AUGCUCAGGACCCUCAGGCUGCCCCUGCUAAUGCUGCUCAGUGCUGUGGGCCCAAUCCAGGCCAAUGGCUUCACAGAAAAAGGCCUCUCCUUGUUGAGCUACCAGCUGUGCAACUACCAAGUGACCCAAAAUGUCCAGAAGGUAGUGUCCUUCCAGAUGUCCUCCUUGAUCUACACUUCCUGUGGUGGGUGGAUCCCAUGGCAGCAGUGCUCCAAGAUCGUUUACAGGACACAGUACCUGGUGGUGGAGGUCCCUGAGACCAGGAAUGUGACUGACUGCUGCCAAGGGUUUGAACAGCUUGGCCUCUACUGUGUCCCACCCCUGAACCAGUCUGAGGAGUUUGCAUCAAAGCCUGGCAUCUGCCCUGCAGCAGGACCAGGGCUGUCUACCUCAUCCUGCACCCUGGACACUGACUGCCCUGGACUUCAGAAGUGCUGCCGCUGGUCUGGGAGCCUCUACUGCAUGGACCCUCUGCCCCUAGCUCUGGAGAAGAACUUGAUGAAUUUCUGGUACAAUGUGACAGUGCUGGUGAAAAUGGACUUCAAGGAGCUCAGUCACGAGGACCCCCAGCUCCUGAACCACAUGAGGCUCCUGUAUUCCAUGGUCACAAGUGCCCUUCAGCCGCUGGACUCCACUGUCCACCACCUGCACUCAGCCAGCAGGGACCCUUCCAUCACAGUGUCACAGCUGCUGCUCGGCCUGACGCAGCCACUGCCUGUGGCCAACAUCUCUGCAGUGCUGGACGACAUCGUGCGGCGUGUCUGUGAAGUGAUCAACAUUCAGGUGCAAGAUGUGAAUGAAUGUCUCUUCAAUGAACUCAACACCUGCUCUGGAAGAGAAUGCUGUUUAAAUGUGGAGGGCUCAUACCAAUGUGUCUGUCAUCAGGAGUCCCCGACCUUGUCUCCCCUGAAGCCAAACCAUACAUGUGAAGGUAAUCAACUAUGUUCUUCCAAGAUGAACCGCACUUUCCACAUCCAGGUUUAUAAGGGCGAGGAGUUAGUCAGAAGUGCCAGGACCAGAGGGACGACUCUGGAGGUGGUGGGGCUGGAGGCUGGAGUGCUGUAUGGUGUGAAGACAAGCUACCGGGAGUGUGGGGCUGACAUCGCUGCCAUGUUGACUGUCAGAACAGAUGCCCAGGUAUUUGAAGUCACAAUAAAGAUCAUCAACCGCAACUUCACGGAGAGGCUACUCAACCGCAGUAGUGUGGAAUACCAGGACUUUUCUAGAGAGUUGCUGCAGGAGGUUGAGCAAUCUUUCCCUCCAGCUGUUUCUGACUUGUACAAAAAUGGGAAGCUGCGCAUGGAGAUUGUGUCGCUCCAAACUGGAAGUGUGAUUGUGAAGCUCAAACUCACAGUGCAAGAUUCCGAGUCUUCAGUGCAUAUUUCCACGCUGUCUCCCAUGCUCCCACCAUUGUUUGCGAGCUCAGUGUUCCAAGUAGACCAACACGGGACCCUAGUGCAAGAUUGGAACGAGUGUGCUGACAGCCGAGAGAAUGACUGUUCGGCUGCUGCCCAGUGCCUCAAUCUCGAGGGCUCCUACACUUGCCGGUGUCAAACAGCCAGGGACAUCAACCCUUCCCGGGCAGGGCGGACCUGUGAGGGUGAGAUGAUGAGCCCAACAGAAGAUGUGUUGCCUCCAACAACAGGUGUGAUGACCCCAGCUCUUGGAAGAGAAGCAUUUGCUGAUGGUACCACAGUAGCUGCAGGCAGGUCCACUCUUGGGACUUCUGCCUUGCUAGACACACCAGCCAUAGACCAAACCUGGACUGCAGAACUCCCUCCCAGAAGUGAGAAUGACAGCAGCAUAGUUGGGCAGGACAGGAACAGCACAGUGAAUGGAGUGGAGCAGGAGGCACCCACUGCAGUCUCAAGCCUGAAGACAGACCAAUGGAGGACGGGUGGGAUGCCUGGCACCAAGGCUUCGACAUCAACCCACAGCUCCCUUCUAGGGCCCACAGACACCUUGCUGGACCUCACUGAGUAUUUCCAGCAAAACUCAACUGUGGAGCCCAGCUCCUGGCUCACUCCUAAUGUGGGUCCCACAGGCCACAUAGUGUGGCACCCCAGUCCCCCUACACAGGACACAUCACCAACUCCUGUGAGUACCAUGUGGCCAUGGAACUUGGACCCUGGACCCUCCAACUCCACAGGCCUGCUAUUGACCUCCAGCCCUGCUUUUCCAGAGACCCCUGCCUGUGUUCCCAACCCCAUCAAAAGGAUCAUAGUCUCCAAUGUGACCAGCACAAGCUUCCAUGUCAUGUGGGAGGCAGAUCUUACCCUGAGUCCCACUUUUCAGCUCACCCUGACUUCUACACAAAACCUCACCCUGGACCUUGAGACCCAGAACACAAGUCUAACACUGUUAGCACUGGAGCCUGGCGUCCUGUAUGUGGUUGCAAUAGUGGACAAAGCAUGUGGAAAAGAAAAUGCUAAGGCACACUUGAAAGUGAGAACAGCUGCCCAGAAACUCAGUGGAAAAGUCCGAAUAGCAAACGUCAGGUAUUCAGAAUGCUUCUGCAAUGUGAGCAGCAAGGAGUACCAGGACUUCCUAGAACACUUCUUUAGUAUGGUGCGGAAUGCCUUGCCAGCUCCCAUGCUUCAGCUCAUGGAUGAGGGUGGAAUUAAGAUGGAAGUCACUGGCAUCAGCAAUGGCAGCAUUGUGGUGACAUUCAACCUACUGAUCAUCGCAGACGUGGAUGUCCAGGAGGUGUCAGAUGCAUUCCUGGCUGCCUUACAGAACAUGUCUCUGCUGGAGGUUGUUACAGGCGAUACCUUCAUCCAAGAUUAUGAUGAGUGUGAAAGAGGAGAGGACGACUGUGUGCCAGGGGCCUCAUGUCAUAACACACUUGGGUCUUUCACAUGCAGCUGCACAGGACAGACUCCUGACAUCUGGGUGGAGUAUCCUGGGAGACACUGUGGAGGUAACUCUCCUGGCAAUACAACUUGGGCUUCUGGGUCCUCUCUGGCCCUUGACCCAGAGCAGCCUCCUGCCUCUCCAGGAACCUGGGAUCUUCUCGAGCAAGGCACAAACUCCACUGGACAGGGCCCACCCCCACGAAUGAACCUUACAGAGGCAGUCAGGGUGCUCUGUGAGAUUGAGAAGGUGGCCAUUGCCAUCGAGAAGCGCUUCCUGCAGCAGGAGUCCAUCCCUGAGUCGUCUUUGUACCUGGGCCAGCCGGCCUGCAACGUGAGCAGCAGCAACAGCACUCAUGUGCUCCUGGUGGCCGGUUGGAGCGAGUGCGGCACUACUUUGCAGAGUAACUUGACGAACACAGUGGUGAGGACCAUGCUGCGCAAUGACCUGUCCCCAGAAGGCAUCAUCCACUACCUGAAGAUCCUGAGUCCCAUCCACUGCGCCUUCCGGAAUGACCUCCUGACAUCCUCGGGGUAUACCCCGAAGUGGGGGGUUUAUACCAUCAUUGAGGACCUUCAUGGAGCUGGAAAUUUUGUCACUGAAAUGCAGUUAUUUAUUGGAGAUUCUCCUAUACCUCAAAAUUAUAGUGUGUCUGCCAGUGAUGACAUCAAGAUUGAAGUGGGGCUCUAUAGACAAAAAAGUGAUCUCAAGGUGGUCCUGACAGAAUGCUGGGCAACACCAUCAAGCAAUGCCAGGGAUCCAGUGAUGUUUGGCUUCAUUAACAACAGCUGCCCCAUUCCCAAUACUUACACCAGUGUGAUUGAGAAUGGGGAUUCCAACAAGGCUCAGUUUAAGCUGAAGAUCUUUUCCUUCAUCAACAAUUCUAUUGUCUAUCUGCACUGCAAACUUCGUAUCUGCAUGGAAUCACCUGAAGCCACAUGCAAAAUAAAUUGCAAUGCUUUCCGGUCACUGAGAAGUAGUGAGACACCUGCUACAUACCAGACAUCCUGGGGGCCCCUCAUUCGGUCUGAAGGUGACUUUGCAGGUGGACAGCCACGUCUGGGAGUGGUCUAUGUGGUCCUCAUUGUGGUGGCCAUCUUUGCCUUGGUGACUGGUAUAGCUGCCAUCCUGAUCAUACGCUACCAGAGGAUGACUGGAAGAUACAACUUCAAAAUCCAGUCUGACAACUUCAGUUACCAGGUGUUCUAUGAAUGA